AUGCCCUAUUUGAAACUUCGAGAUGGUGCCGAACUCUUCUACAAGGACUGGGGCAACCCCAAAGGAGAAGUAGUGACUUUCUCACACGGAUGGCCUCUUAGCAGUGAUAACUGGGAGAGCCAAAUGGUCUUCCUGGUUAGCCAUGGCUACCGUGUGAUUGCUCACGACCGGCGUGGCCAUGGGCGUUCAACACAGAAUUGGACUGAUCAUAACAUGGAGAUAUUUGUGGAUGAUCUUCAAGAGCUUUACAAGCAUCUCGACAUCAAGAAUGCUAUGAUAGUCGGACAUUCACAUGGCGGAGGCGAAGUUACUCGUUUUCUUGGAAAGCACGGCACAAGUCGAGUAAAGAAAGCUGUCCUUGUUGGAGCGAUACCGCCUUUCAUGUUAAAGAGCUCAGCCAAUCCGGAGGGAACCGAAAAGUCUGUUUUCGAUUCAUUCAGAGAGGCGAUGAGCAAGGAUCGGGCUCAAUUCUUUUUGGACGUUCCAACUGGGCCUUUCUUCGGAUUCAAUCGACCUAACGCGGCGAAGAGUGAGGGUCAAAUUCGAAGCUGGUGGGAGCAGGGUAUGAGAACGAGCUUCAAGGCAUCAUACGAUUGCAUCAAAGACUUUUCGGAAACGGACUUCACCAAGGACCUCAAAAGCAUCGACAUUCCAGUUCUCGUUCUUCAUGGCGAUGACGACCAAGUUGUGCCCAUUGGCGCGGCUGGACUGAAGUCGGCAAAGCUUCUGCCCCAAGGAAAGCUUAAGAUUUAUCCUGGAGGGUCUCAUGCGAUUCACAACGUCAACGUUGACGAGGUGAACAAAGAUUUACUCGAUUUCAUAACGUCUUGA